UUGAAGGUUAUAGACUUUGUCGACCAAUGAUUUUUGUUGAUGCAACUUUUCUGACCGGGAGAUUUAGAGGUACCCUUAUGGCUGCUACUUGUCUGAAUGGGAAUCAAGGUUUUUAUCCGCUAGCCUUUGCAUUGGUCCCAGGAGAGGAUGUUGACAAUUGGGAUUGGUUUAUGUGCAAUCUUAGCAACAUUGUUGAUGACCGUCCUAUCACCUUUAUGUCUGAUCGUCAUGAAGGAUUGUUGAGGGCUAUUCCUAAACACUUUCCUACUUCCCAUCAUGGCUAUUGUUACUACCACUUGCAAGGAAACUUACCAAUCAGGAAAUCGGACGAGAAGUACAAAGAAGUUAUGGCUUGUUUCAAAAAGCAACUUAUGCUCUCACACCAGCAAGAUAUGAAGAAGCACUAAUGGAAAUGGAGUUAAUGGGAAGGCCUGGGGUUGCUGAGUAUUGCCGCAAUAUGCCUAGGGAACAUUGGUCCAGCGCGUUCUUCACUGGCUGUAGAUUUGGUCAGACUACAUCAAGCGUUGCUGAGUCCUUCAAUAA